AUGAAAAAUUGCAAUGUAUUUGAUAAUGUUAAAACAUUAACUUUAACAACAAAACUAAUUACAAACAAUGCGGAAUGUUAUUUCAUAAAUGCUGAAUCAUUAAUAUUAAGACGUUACUCAUAUGAAAACUUUUAUGAAGAUGAUGAUGAUAAACCGGAUUUAAACUCAACAAAAAUCAAAUUACUUCGUACAAUUGUUAAUCUAUCAAAUAUCAAAUAUUUAACAAUUGAUAAUGAUAUUUACUUAACUUCAGCAUUAUUCCUAGAUUUAUUAAAAGAAUUACCGAAUGUUUCAUCACUAAAAAUCGAUGAAGAUCAGUUGAUGAAGAUUUUCGAUAAUAUUGAAUUAUGUGAAUAUCUAAAUAAAAAUAUUAAAAAAUUAGAAAUUUUUUCUUCUCAAUUCUUUGAUAAAAGAAUUUUUUUAAAUAAAAUUAAUAUAUUAUUUUCUCAAGUAUUUCCAAAUAUCGAACAAUUUACAUGUACUUAUAUGAAACGGGUUGAUGAUUUAUUAGUAAUAUUAAAACAAUGUUCAAAAUUAUCAAUAAUAAAGUGUGAAGUAAUUAGUAAACCUGUAAAUUCAUGGAUUCAAAUUAAUGCAUCAAAAUUAGAUGUCUAUCUUGAUUUUAAAUCGGUUAAUGAAGAAACUGAUGACGAAGAAGAUAACGAUGAUGAUGACGAUGAAUAUGGCUAUGAUGAUGAUGAAGAAUAA